GCGGGAAUUCGUCUGCGCGGGUGUUGUAGAAGUGACUGAUGAGAGCUGAAGGGCCGAAAAGGUAAAGCGGACGCAAGCCCGCGACCGGGCCCGGGAGUCGCAGCCAGUUAGGAAUCUGAAGUAAACAGUAAAACAUGAUGUCUUCAGUAUGUUCUGAGUAUACAAUUGGUGGGGUGAAGAUUAACUUUCCUUGUAAAGCUUAUCCAUCACAGCUUGCUAUGAUGAAUUCUAUUGUCAGAGGAUUAAAUAGUAAGCAGCAUUGUUUGUUGGAGAGCCCCACAGGGAGUGGGAAAAGCUUAGCCUUACUUUGCUCUGCUUUAGCAUGGCAGCAAUCUCUUAGUGGGAAGCCAGUGAACGAAGGCUUAAGUAAAAAAGCUGAAGUACCAUUGUCGUGUUGUUGUACAUGCCAUUCAAAGAAUUUUACAAACAAUGACGUGAACCAGGGAACUUCAUAUCAUUUCAACAGUCCAAGUAUACCAACUUCUGAAAGAAAUGGCACUUUGUCAACUUGUCAAGACUCUCCUGAAAAAACUACACUGGCUGCAAAGCUAUCUGCUAAGAAACAGGCAUCCAUGUACAGAGAUGAAAAUGAUGAUUUUCAAGUAGAGAAGAAAAGAAUUCGACCCUUAGAAACUACACAGCAGAUUAGAAAACGUCAUUGUUUUGAAAAGGAGGUGCACCAUUUGGAUGCAAAAGUUGUUUCAGGAAAGACCACAAAACUCAACUCCCCAUUAGGAAAGAUAAACUCCUUUUCUCCACAAAAUCCCCCUGGUAACUGUUCUAGGUGCUGUUGUUCUACUAAACAAGGAGACAGUCAAGAUUCUUCAAAUACCACUAAGAAGGAUCAUGGGGGGAAGUCCAAGAUACCCAAAAUAUAUUUUGGGACACGCACACACAAGCAGAUUGCUCAGAUUACUAGAGAGCUCCGGAGGACAGCAUACUCAGGGGUCCCAAUGACUAUUCUUUCCAGCAGGGAUCACACUUGUGUCCAUCCUGAAGUAGUAGGUAACUUCAACAGAAAUGAAAAGUGCAUGGAAUUGCUAGAUGGAAAAAAUGGAAAAUUCUGCUAUUUUUAUCAUGGUGUUCAUAAAAUUAGUGAUCAACACAUAUUACAGACUCUCCAAGGGAUGUGCAAGGCCUGGGAUAUAGAAGAAUUCGUCAGCUUGGGGAAAAAACUAAAGGCAUGUCCAUAUUACACAGCACGAGAACUAAUGCAGGAUGCUGACAUAAUAUUUUGUCCCUACAACUAUCUUCUAGAUGCACAAAUAAGGGAAAGUAUGGAUAUCAAUCUGAAAGAACAGGUUGUCAUUUUAGAUGAAGCUCAUAACAUUGAGGACUGUGCUCGGGAAUCAGCAAGUUACAGUAUAACGGAAGUUCAGCUUCGGUUUGCUCGGGAUGAACUAGAUAGUAUGGUUAACAAUAAUAUAAGGAAGAAAGACCAUGAACCCCUACGAGCUGUGUGCUAUAGCCUCAUUAAUUGGUUAGAAGCAAACUCUGAACAUCUUGUGGAAAGGGGUUAUGAAUCAUCCUGUAAAGUAUGGAGUGGAAGUGACAUGCUCUUAAAUUUACACAAAAUGGGCAUAACCACUGCUACUUUUCCUAUUUUGCAGGGCCAUUUUUCUGCUAUCCUUCAAAAAGAAGAAAAAGUCUCAUCAGUUCAUGGUAAAGAGGAGGCAAGAGAAGUACCUAUUAUUAGUGCUUCAACUCAAAUAAUGCUCAAAGGACUUUUUAUGGUGCUUGACUAUCUUUUUAGGCAAAAUAGCAGAUUUGCAGAUGAUUAUAAAGUCGCUAUUCAACAGACUUACUCUUGGAUAAAUCAGACUGAUACUUCAGAUAAAAAUGGGUUCUUGGUUCUACCAAAAAAUAAGAAACGUUUACGACAGAAAGCAGCAGUUCAUGUGCUGAAUUUUUGGUGCUUAAAUCCAGCUGUGGCCUUUUCAGAUAUUAAUGGCAAGGUUUGGACGAUUGUUUUGACAUCUGGGACAUUAUCACCAAUGAAAUCCUUUUCAUCAGAACUUGGUGUUACAUUUACUAUCCAACUGGAGGCUAAUCAUGUCAUUAAUAACUCACAGGUUUGGGUUGGCACCAUUGGGUCAGGCCCCAAGGGUCGCAGUCUCUGUGCUACCUUCCAGCACACGGAAACAUUUGAGUUCCAGGAUGAAGUGGGAGCACUUGUGUUAUCUGUGUGCCAGACUGUGAGCCAAGGAAUUUUGUGUUUCCUGCCAUCUUACAAGUUACUAGAAAAGUUAAAAGAACGUUGGCUCUCCACUGGUGUAUGGCAUAAUCUGGAGUUGGUGAAGACAGUCAUUGUAGAACCACAGAGAGGAGAAAAAACUGAUUUUGAUGAAUUACUGCAGAUGUACUAUGAUGCGAUCAAGUACAAAGGAGAAAAAGAUGGCGCCCUCCUGGUGGCAGUUUGUCGUGGUAAAGUGAGUGAGGGUCUGGAUUUCUCAGAUGACAACGCCCGUGCUGUCAUAACAAUAGGAAUUCCUUUUCCAAAUGUGAAAGAUCUACAGGUUGAACUAAAGCGACAAUAUAAUGACCAGCAUUCAAAAUUAAGAGGUCUUUUACCAGGUCGUCAGUGGUAUGAAAUUCAAGCAUACAGGGCCUUAAACCAGGCCCUAGGUAGGUGUAUUCGACACAAAAAUGAUUGGGGAGCUCUUAUUCUAGUGGAUGAUCGCUUCAGGAGUAACCCAAGUCGAUACAUAUCUGGACUUUCUAAGUGGGUUCGGCAGCUGAUUCAGCACCAUUCAACCUUUGAGAGUGCUCUGGAGUCCUUGGCUGAAUUUUCCAAAAGGCACCGAAAGGUCAUUGAUGUAUACAAAGAAGACAGAAAAUCUGUACAGGACAAUGAGUCUCCGCUUGCAGUGGCUUGUUUGAAGGAUAAUACCUCAACUUAUUUAUUAGAAGCAGCAAGCCAUCUAUCACCAGAAUAUCCUAGGGAAGAUGAUCCAUUAUUAUUGGAAGAGUCUGCCCAGGCAGUAGGAGCAGAAAAAAUUGUGAUUUCCAGAUCCACAAGCCCAACCUUCAACAAACAAACAAACAGAGUUAGCUGGUCUGGCAGUAAUUUUCUGGAACAGUAUCUUACUGGUAAAAUUCUGACUGGAACACCUAAGUUUAGGUCAUCAGAGGACUGUGCCUCUAAUUCUUCCACUUUCAAAACAGAAAAGGGACGUGAAGCAGUUUUGCCACUCACUGAUAAAUGUAAGUCCUCCUCUCUGACAGUAAACACAUCACUUGGACCAUGCCCUCAAUCGGAAACCAUUGUUCCAUCAAUAAAGAUUAAUGCUACUCUCCUGAAUCCAGAAGAUCCAGACAUUCUGUUAUCUCUAGUAAGUGAAGAAGCUGAACUUUCUACUUCAAAUACAGAAGCAGAGGAUGAAUCUAUCUAUUUUACACCCGAACUUUAUGAUCCCAUAGAUACAAAUGAAGAAAAGAAUGAACUAGUUGGAACUGAUAGAGACAACAGAUUGGCUAAUAAUUCAAAUUGCAUUUUAGCUGAAGAUCUUUUUGAAAUUAAAACUAUGAAAGGAAUGGAUUCAGUCAGAGAAAUGAAAGCUGAGGAUUGCACAGGCACAAAGUUGAAUAGACUCACGCAUAUUAAAGAAAGUAAAGUUGAUGAUAUUGGUAGUAAUGUAAAAAUGACUCAUAUAAAUGAAUUGGAACUGGGAAAAAACUCAUGAAACGGAUAUAAAGAACUUUAAACAGUCUCCUCCCAAAAAUAAAGAUGUGUUCCCUGGUGUUAGGUAAUAAUACUUAACUGUCAAGGUAUAAAAACAUGUCGUCAUGCUUAUAUUAAACUCUAUUGUAAAUGAUAAUUUGUACAUUGGAUAAGUGACAUAGCUUUUUUUUUUAAUUUGAGAUAUAUAAUUCACUUUAAUCCAAAGUCUAUAUUAUGUUCAGAAAUAUAAGUUUUACUAUUCUCAAGUUUUGAUAAACUGAUGCAUAAAAAAUAUUUUCCUCCAAGUCUUCCUUAGCUAAAUGCAAUAUUAAAUUAAUCAAUCUGGAAGAUAUGUAGUUUCCUAAGGCACUUUAAAUUUCACAUAAAUGUUUGUAUUUUGUAGUCCUCUUCAUCCACUUGUUUUCAUACUGAUGCGUAAAAAUUAAUAGCAAUCUAAUCCAGUUACCCCUCAGUCAUGUUUCACUGUAGAUUUUACCUCAGAUCAGUCUGAGGUUUUUUUUUUUUUAGAAAUCAGUUUUCUUGAAAAGUA